AUGAGAGCAAAAUCGUUUCCGAUUAGCUCUUCGCGCAACUCUCUCGAUCCCUCUCCAUCCCUUCCGGAACGAUUUGGGUCUGGAGUUAGCACUACACACGACGAUGAGAUUGUUCCAGAUAAUUUUGAUGUUGGUGAUGUGCUACACAAGAAGAAGCGUCAUUGUACUGGGACAAGUGAGACUGAUCUAAUCAACGUACAUGCUUGUAUUGUGUGUGAUGUUUCAGAUGAGUGCGUAUCUCGUUGUUGCGGGAUUGACUGUCCUGUUUCGUUUCACAAAGAGUGUUUGGAUACUGAGUUUGGUGGUAGUGAGGAUCCAUUUUGUCCUUACUGCUGGUUCAAGAUUGUAGCAGUCAAAUCCAAAGCGUUGAGAGACAAGGCCAUCGAGGCAGAAAAGACGGUCUUUAAGUAUGUAGAUAAAGAGAUGGAAAGUGAAGAUGAGGUAGAGGAGAGUGUUCCGAAAUGUCAAGAGGAUACAGAGUUAUGUGGUGAUGAAGAUGGAGACCAAGACCAAGAACAUUCAGUGGAGAGUACAGAUAUUGUAAGUGAUAUAGAGUUGCAAGGAGAGAAGGCUACACCUUUGUCAAAAGAGAAACAAGUGCAAGUUGAUAAGGAUUCUGAUAAAUCGCCGUUAACCGAUCAACCAGAAGGGGAUAAAGGGAAGUUAGAAGUGGGUGCUGGUAAAUCAGGAGAGAUGAAAGCAGAUGAGGUGAAUGAAGCAUCAGAAGACGAAGAGAGGGUAGCAACAGAAAGCAUUGAAGACGAUGAGGAUGAUGAAACAGCUGAACAUCAAACUAAAGUCAAUAAUAAAGGUGCAGGGAAAAAGGGAGAUGUUUCACCGGCUUUGUCUAUGCAAGAAUCGUUUUCUGGAAAAGAAGACGACCUGGUCCAACAGAAUGAAAAUCGAAGAAGAAUAAGAAGAGAGUUAAAACUGAAUGCUACCGAUAGUAAAGAGAGGGUAGCGACAGAAAACAUUCAAAACGAUGAGGAUGAUGAAACAGCUGAAGAUCAAAUGAAAGUCAGUAAAGUUGCUGGGAAAAAGAGAGAUGUUUCCCCGGUUUUGUCUACGCAAGAGUUGUUUAAAGGAAAAGAACACGACCAGGUCCAACGGAAUGAGACUCAAAGAAGAAGAAGACGGUUAAUACUGAAUGCUACCGAUAGUGAAUUCUCAUCAACUAAGGAACGGAAUGGAGAAGAUGUAACUGAGGAGAUAACUUCAUCAACCAAAGUGGCUAAGUCAAAGAAAGUAGCGAGGGGAAUUUCGUUUUUCAACAAGGAUCAGAGGAGGAGGCUACUUUGGAAGCCCGAAGAAGAAGAAAUGCUCAAGGUGGGAGUGGAGAAAUUUGCAGCAGAAGCAAACAAGAACAUGCCAUGGAAGAAAAUUCUUGAAAUGGGAGAGAAUGUGUUUCACGAAACACGUACUCCUGCUGAUCUCAAGGACAAAUGGAGGAACAUGAUCAGAUUAGGGCAACUUCGUGAGAAAUUAUCUGGUGGGCAAUUUAGGAUGCUCAAUGAGAAACUCUACACUUGCUCUGGAAAAGAAGCAUUAGCCUACUUUAAAGAAGAUCCAGACAUGUUUGAUAUGUAUCAUACAGGUUAUCAGCAACAAAUGUCGAAUUGGCCUGAGCUUCCUGUUAACUCCAUUAUAAAUUGGUUAUUGUCUCGAAGCUCGUCUUUAGUUGUGGCUGAUUUUGGUUGUGGUGAUGCAAGGAUUGCAAAGAGUGUGAAGAACAAAGUUUUCUCCUUUGAUCUUGUCUCGAAGAACCCGUCUGUUAUCGCCUGCGAUAUGUCAAAUACUCCGCUUGAGUCUUCAUCAGUCGAUGUUGCCGUUUUCUGUCUUUCGUUAAUGGGAACAAACUAUUCUAGUUACAUCAACGAGGCAUACAGAGUUCUUCGUCCAAGCGGUUGGCUUCUAAUAGCGGAAGUAAAAAGUAGGUUUGAUCCAAACAAUGGAGGAGCAGACCCAAAAGACUUUGUGAAAGCAGUUUGUAACCUUGGAUUUACUUCGGUUUUGAAGGACUUCUCGAAUAAGAUGUUCAUCCUAUGGCAUUUUCAGAAAAAGGAGCAAUUGAAUUCAAAUGAGAAGAAAAUCAAGUGGCCCGAGUUGAAAGCAUGUUUAUAUAAACGCCGAUGA